CAGGUUAGAGUUAGUUCCCUUAAACUAGAACUCUUUAAGAAGAGAAUAAUGUCUCUGUUGUAAUUCUGUGUCUCUGGAUUCUUGUUGAAGAAUUAUGCCGAAAGUUACAGCAAAUAGUCAAAAAUCAGCUCCAAUGCCGUCUUGCUCGUCCAAAUCUAAGACCCCCACAGUUUCUCAGGUACAUGAACAAAAUUCGACUCAGAAUGAUUUAACAACCGAAUCUGAAGAUUUGGAACGCAAAGCAAUCGAACUGGUACAAUAUUUAUUGAUUGCAGAUCAGAAAAAGAUUCCAGUUCGUAAAAUUGAUAUUAAUAACCAUAUACUAAAAGACCAAAAGAAAUACUUUCCAGCAAUUCUCAAGAAAUCUCGGGAUAUGCUUCAAUCAGUAUUUGGGGCCAAGCUUAUUGAAUUCGACGAUAAAUUAAAAAAACGUUACAUUUUAAUUACAAGCAGAAGCGAUAUUAGGAGAAAUAUUAAUUUGAUUUCCAGCGAAGAGGAAUCGGCUAAACUCGGGCUCCUUUUUAAUAUUCUGGCCAUUAUUUACAUGAAUGGUGGUGUGAUAUCCGAUUCAGACCUGUGGAAAGCACUUCGGAAACUCGGUGUCGAUCCAGAUGUACAUCAUGAAGUAUUUGGAGAUGUGAAGAAGUUACUCACCGAGGAAUUCGUUCGCCAAUAUUAUUUGGAAUAUGUUCGUCAAAGCAACAGUGAACCGAUUCAGUAUGAAUUUCACUGGGGAUUCAGAGCUGAAAAAGAACUUCAGAAGAAGGAUGUAUUACUUUAUGUAAGUAAGAUAUACAAGACCGAACCUUCUCAGUGGAAACUUCUCUGGAAUAACUGUAUGGAAGAAGAGGCAAACCAAUCUUCAACAUCAUAAUAGUAAUACUCUCUCUCUCUCUCUCCCCACUUCACACAUCUACGCAGGGUGUCUUGGUAGAGUUAAAUGCCAGUUAUUAAGUCAGUGCUUAUUGUUAUUCCAACUCGUUAUGGUCUGAGUUCAAAUCUCGCCGAGGCCAACUUUGUCUUUCAACCCUCCGGGGUCAAUAAAAUAAAGUACUACUGAACUGCUUGGGAUCGAUAGGCCUAAAUCAGAAACAGUUAUGGUCUUAAUACAACUUGAAUGUAAGAAAGUCUAAUAGCUUUGUAAUUUUACAUAGCUGUACGUGAAUUAAUCGAAUUAUUCAAGGUGUUCCUCUUCAUUCACUUUUGUAAUCGCUUAAGUAUAAUUAGGCGAAAUUAAAGCAAUUAAGACCGUUCAGUUACUAAUUUUUGCCAAAAUCGAUUGGAAUCUCUCUCUCUCUCUAUAUAUAUAUAUAUAUAUGUAUAUAUAUGCAAUUUAAUGCUAACAUAAUCACAGCCUUUAUUGUUAUUACUAUUAUUACUUUAGACUCCAGUUUGUGUAUACAAAUAUAUUUGAAGAAUUUACAAACACAUGAAGCCGGUGAUUACCUCUGGACUAUAUCAAUAGACAAGUGAAAGAUACCUCUUACACAAGACUCUAGUUUUAAACUGGUUACACCCUCAAAAGAAUUAUAGGAAUUUAUUUUCAACCACAUUCAUAUAAAAAUGUACUGCAUUAAAACAGCAAAAAUACUUGUUAAGGAUAAAAUAUUUGCCGCCAAAAAGUUGGCAAAUACAACUUCCUUUCUGCAGUUUUGCCUAACAAAACAUACUCUUUUGUAAUUCACUAUCAGGUUUCGUUUAUACAUCAUUAUUUUUAAACAUUUAUGACUAAUAUCUUUAUAACUUGUUUUCAUAAAUUAUUCUUUGUAAAAGUCCUUUCUUGAGAUUCACAACAAAAUCUGUUCAAAAUUUCAUUUUGUCUCAUUGUAAGUAAUAAUGAGCUUCUUGUACACAGUGCUCAGAUGCACUACAAUAUUAAUAUCAAAUAAUACAUUUCAUAUAAGAAUACUAUUAAUAAGUUUUAAAUUAUCAAUUUUUUAUGUUCUAAAAACUUGUAAAAAUGUCUCAUCCUUAGAGCUUAAUUUGUUUUUGUAAAUGAGUUUAUGUACAUAAUAUAUUUUUCUAACAUUUCUCAAUUUUCACGUCUUUUUGUGUUAUAGUUAUAUUUUUGAAAUCUACAUUAUGUUUACAUUUAGACAAAGAAUUGCUUACUAAAAAGCAAUAUAUAUUAAUCGAAGUCAAAUUCUCAAACAAUCUUAUAUGAUAAACUCCACUCAAGGAACACAAUGGAUUUCGGGUUAACAUUGUUACGUCACUUCCGGUAGUUACUUCCUAGUCAUCUAAUUUUGGCUGUUAUUUUCAUUGCCAAAGUUUUUUUCUCUGUCUACAGACGUAAUCUGAUCGAAACAAAACCACUAGGAAGAGAAAUAGAAGCAAUAAUAAUAAAGGCAGUCAGAAAGUC